ACGAUUUUUAGCAAGUUAUUAACCCUUUUUAUAUAGGUUACAAUAUUAGACUGCAGCGUAGCCAGGUUUUUCCAAUGCGUUUCGACUCCACUGAAGACUUAUCCUAUUAUACUCCAUCCCGAAGUGAAUAUCUAGCAAGCAAGUUUUCCACACCCACCUAUGAAUAUUCUGAAUGGCGGACCUUCUCAUCGGGGACCACCGAAGAUGGCUUUAGCGAUGAUGCCUCUGAAUCGACAGAUAUGGAACCCCACAGCCUAGAAUCCGCCAAUUUCAUGCCUGCAUUGUCACCACCACCUACUAUGCCGCGCAAGCCAGCCACCAUAUCUAUCCCGAGAUCUAGUGUAUUAUCGGAUCGGCGGGCAAAAUGCCGCAUGUCGUUCGGCUUAUCCAGCGACGAAGAAGACAACGAACAAGAAGAUGAUGGCUCAACCCUCUCGGAUGUCGCCAUGUGGGAUGGUGAUCGCCUUCAGUUGAUAUUUGACGAGCAGCAGGAGGAAAUUGCCUAUUGCCGUGACCGCAUAUCAAGGAUGACCAAGAACACUCAGGAUCAAUCUAAGCGGGCACAAGAUUUGAUGCAAACAAUCCAUCAGCGCGAUGAUGAGAUCGGCAAGAUGCAGAUGGCCAUGAAUAGGUUUCGACAUCUGCUACAGUUAAAGGAUAAAGAAAUACAAGAUCUUUUGAACGUUAUUCAAGAGUCUUGUUAGCUGCACCCAUGUAUAUGAAAAGAAAAAGCCGCCAUAUCUCUCCCCCACCUUUUUUUUAGUCUUACUUUCCUGUUAAUAUAUCUAAAUCGCAGAGCACACCUUCGUGCUCAUUAUCAUCGAGCAAUGGUGAUAGAUUAUUUAUGGAGACGAGCUGAGCUUUUUCCUUUGUAAUAGUUCUACCUUUUUUCUUUUUUAAUAUAUAUUUUCUUUAUUUGUUAUAUCCAGGUUUGAACGGAAUAAUUGGGCAAAUCCGAUCUGUCAGAGCCGCUAGAUCG